UCUCAGACUUUUCACCUUCCGAGUGGCGGCGGCCCCUCAGCUGUAGUGAGCUCCGCGUCUCAGGACGGCUUGGGGCGCAGCGAGGUGCUGGAGGACGAGUUUGGCCCGGCCGCCCAGGGGCGGGUCCGAGAGGCCGCCGGCGCUGUGGGUCCUCGGGAGCGGCGGGCGGGAGGUGCUCCGAGGCUCGUUCUGCGCGUCCCGCUUCAAAGGCGCCGGUGCGACCUGAUUGUUUUUUGCCGAAGGAAACGAGUUUCCGCUGUGGGUGCUCCGCGUCCCAGACGUGGCGAUUCCAGCGCCUUGUGGAAUGCUAAUGCCACUGUGUAUUGAGAAAUGGCGAUGGCCAGUACCCACCGAGAUUCAUCAGAGGCCCUGAAGUAAUGCUGGCAUCAAAGGAAGGAGUAUUCAGGCCCAUUUCCUCCUAACAGAAUGGCAGUUGUUGGCUCAUCCCAUGGUCUUCUUUCUCAGGAUCCAGUGUGCCCUCGGGAAGGAAAAGCACCAGCAGAAAGGAUGGUGGCUGGCUGCCUGACAAAUUGUUACCAGGAGUCAGUGAACUUUGAUGAUGUGGCUGUGGACUUCACCCAGGAGGAGUGGACUUCCCUGGAACCAGCUCAGAGAAUCCUGUACAGUGAUGUCAUGCUGGAGAACUACCAGAACCUGGCCACAGUAGGGUGUCAGCCCUUCAAACCCAGUCUGAUCUCUUGGUUGGAGCAGGAAAAGUUGGAGAGAGGUCAGAGAAGAGUUCUCCAAGAAUUGGAAGUACAGUUUGAAACCAAAUGGUUAGAAUUUCAGCAGGAAUUCUCGAGAAGCAACACAUUCAAUGGGAUACAAAUGGCAGAAGGCCACAAUGGAGGGGAACUCUGUGACUGGAAGCAGUAUGGAGAAUUGUUCAGUAAACACUCAUGCCUCAAUACACACAUGAAUACUAAAAGUACAGGGAACACUUAUGAUUGCAAUCAGCAUGGAAACGACUUCCAUCCUCUCCAUAAGAAAACCUCUACUCUCGAGAAACUUUCUGAGUUUAGUCAGAGUGAAGAAAUCUUCAUGACACCAGAUAUUGUUUACCAGAAAAUUAGCGUAGAAGAGAAAUCCUAUAAAUGUAGUGACUCUGGGAAGUCCUUUGUUAAUCAAUCACACAUUCAGACCCACGAGAGAACUCACAAUGGAGAUAAACUCUAUGAAUGCAAGGAACAUGGGAGAAGUUUUAUAAACUCUACAAACCUCGCUGUGCUUAUAGAGACCCUCAAUGCAAAAAAACCUUACAGAUGUAAGGAAUGCGGAAAAGGCUAUAGAUACCUUGCAUACCUAAACAUUCAUAUGCGCACCCACACUGGGGAGAAGCCCUAUGAAUGUAAAGAGUGUGGGAAGGCCUUCAAUUAUUCCAACUCAUUUCAAAUCCAUGGAAGAACUCACACUGGAGAGAAACCCUAUAUAUGUAAGCAGUGUGGAAAAGCCUUCACUCAGUACUCUGGCCUUAGUAUCCACAUGCGGUCUCACAGUGGAGACAAGCCCUACAAAUGUAAGGAAUGUGGGAAAACCUUCCUUACAUCCUCACGCCUCAUUCAGCAUAUCAGAACUCACACAGGAGAAAAGCCUUUUGUGUGUGUCAAAUGUGGGAAAGCCUUCGCUGUGUCCUCAAAUCUUAGUGGACAUUUGAGAAGUCACUUCGAAGAGAAGACCUGCAAGUGUAAGAUAUGUGGGAAAGUUUUUGGGUAUCCCUCAUGUCUUAAUAAUCACAUGCGAACUCACAGUACCCAAAAGUCAUACACAUGUAAGGAAUGUGGGAAGGCUUUUAACCAUUCUGCUCACCUUAAAAUCCACAUGCGAAUCCACACUGGAGAAAAGCCCUAUGAGUGUAAACGGUGUGGGAGAGCCUUCAGUCAUUCCAGUUCAUUUCAAAUCCAUGAAAGGACACACACUGGAGAGAAGCCCUAUGAGUGUAAGGAGUGUGGGAAAGCCUUCACAUGUUCCAGUUCCCUUAGAAUUCAUGAAAGGACUCACACUGAAGAGAAACCUUAUAAAUGUCAGCAAUGUGAGAAAGCCUACAGUCAUCCUCGUUCACUUCGAAGACAUGAAAGAACUCACCAGUGAAAAGUACUGUCCAUGUAGGCAAUGUAAGAAUAGUCCUCAUUUGACCCAAUGUUUUUUAAAGACAUGA